GUAGUUUGCCUCGAAGGCUGCAUAUACUUGGGCUCAUCCUCAUCUCACGAUCAGUUAUGUGUGUAUCCAACCUUCCAUGGAUCUAAGCAGCUGUCAAGACACCUGGGAUCAAAUCUGUGAGGCCUAUGUGCCUGUCCCUACAUACUGCCUGCUCCGAGGAGUGGAGUCCACGGUUGCGCUAUAUUCAUAGACCUCAGCAAUCAUUGCUAUCCAUCCAUGCCGGACGCUCAGCAGCCGAAUAAACCAUUGAAUACGAUGGCCUUCUCGCGUACAUAACAUCCCACCACAGAAAUGACUUAUACUUUUUAGCCAUCGCCAUCGUUUAAAUGGCACUCAGCUCUCCGCGGCAGAGCACUUCACCCCCAUGCCUUCGCUCUCCUCAACCUCCUUGUUUUCGUGCCUGCUCUUGCUGUCGUGUAUCCUGCAAGUCCAUGGCGAAUGGACGCUACAUCGCAGCGACCUCGGGUGCAGAUUCAGUCUGGCUGCAUGGAACAUGACGGAGCAAUACACGAACACGACUAUGAUGCCUCUCGUACUGGCGAACAAUGCACCCUUCGAUGGCCCAAGCUAUGAGAUUACCUCUACCUUCGCGUCGUAUCCCGUCAACGUUUAUCCAACUCUUUCCCUCGUCAACGGUUCUUUGCGAGCCUACCGUGCUUCCGGUGCCUGGCUCACGAACGCCACUGCCGUACAGAACGGGGACCUCCUCACCUGGUACACCAGCCCGCUGUUCAAUCACGAUGCGGCCAGGAUCUACUCUGUCGUACAAUCGCCGGUCGGCAUGUCUCUCUCAGCUUACGGCGAAGCGGGGUUGUGGUUCCUUUGCUCCAUCCAGUCAAAGUUCACGCCGCCGAUGAUGAGUGUCGUAUUCAAUCUGACGCGCGAUUCGCAUGUCGAUGUGGUGGAUCCUGAUGCAUGCUGGAGUACGCGAAUCACUCUGGUUCCUGUGGCUGGUUCUGCUUGCUGAGCGACCCGAAUGCGAAACAUUUUCUCCUUGUAGUACACUCUGU